CACAAAUCUAUCCUUAAAAUCGCAGCAACAAAAACCCUAGCGCUCGCCUCUUUACCGCCGUGCUGUUUUCUUGUCUUCUUCAAGCUCUCUAAUUUUCACGAUCUCGUCUGCAAAUACAAACACUACCCCAAAGCUCUUAGUAAGAAACCAUGGGUAAGGUUCAUGGAUCUUUGGCUCGUGCUGGUAAGGUGAGAGGCCAAACUCCCAAAGUGGCUAAGCAAGAUAAGAAGAAGAAGCCCCGUGGACGCGCCCACAAGCGCAUGCAAUACAACCGCCGAUUCGUCACCGCUGUGGUUGGCUUCGGCAAGAAGAGGGGACCCAACUCAUCUGAGAAGUAGACAAAGCUUUUGAGAAGAUGAGAAGCAAUUCGUAGAUUAAGAAAAAGGCUUUAUUUUCAUUUCUUUUUAUCAUUGUGUCAUUAUCAAUUCAAGACCCCAAAAUGCUGGUUUGGUAGUUCGUAGAGAGAUUUGGAAGUAUUUUUUGGAAUUUGUGCUCUAUUUGAAUUAUCAGUAAUGUGAUUUUGUUUCUGGGUUUCUUGUUUC